AUGGAAUCGAACGUCAGCAAUCAUUCAUUUGAUACAAAGGAAUAUAGCAAUAAUUUAACAAUGUUUUCAUUAGAAAAAAGAGUCAAAUUCUUUCUACUUGUUAUCUUACAAGCACCUUCUGUUGGUUGUACACUUCUUACUUUAUAUCAUUUCAAUUGGAGUCGUUUACAAAGUCAAAUCUAUGGUCUUCUUCUUAUAAUUAAUGCACUUAUCAUGGCUGUUGAACUUCCAUUUACACUUUAUUUUCUUUAUAAAGGAAAUAUUUAUACAGAAAAAAUAUGCACAACUUGGAUUAUUCUCAAUUAUUCACUUUUUCUUUUAAGCAUUUUUCUAAUGGCAUGGACAUCUAUUGAACGUUAUCUAUUUAUUUAUCAUGAAAGAUUCAUCAUGCGACACAGUAUAUUACUUCAUUAUAUACCCAAUACAUUGAUUAUCUUUUAUUGUCCACUCUUUUAUAUAGGUGUUGUGAUAUUUCAUACGUGUCAAACAGCUUAUAAUAUAAACCAAUUUCUUUGUGGUGGUGCUUGUUAUCAAUUUGAACCUACUCUAGGUUUACUCGACUGGAUUGGAAAUGGAAUAUGUGGGGUAAUGAUUACUUUUACACUCAGUAUUGUGUUGAUUAUACGGCAUUUUAUAACACGUCAUCGAAUGAAAAAUGUUAUUACAGUAGCUAAACGUUCAGAAUGGCGCCGCUCACUAAAAUUAAGUUUGCAACUUCUUGCAAUUGCUAUGCCUUAUAUGAUUGCUUGGAUUCCUUAUUCAACAAUUGUACUUGUUCAAAUUUUUCAAAAUACUCAAGAACUUACUUAUAUUCUAUCAGAAUUUAUUGUCUAUUUACCUUAUCUACAGGCAUUAGUAUUACCAUAUGUUUGUAUUUUAUUUAUACCUGAAAUAAAAAGAAAAGUUUUUACUACAUUAAAUAUACCAUGUCGUCAGCAUCGUCGAAUUGAAGCUAUUGUAUAA